GCGCCAAGUUGCGGGCCGGGGGCCCGGGGCUGGCGCCCUAGAAGGCGGCGGCGGGAGGAUCGCGCCCCGGCUGGAGGCCGGGCCUGCUGCGCGCCCCCAGCCCGAUCGGCACCGCCACUUGCCUGAGCACCCGGGCGGCCCGAGCGCGCCCCGAGCCCGGGAGCCGCCGCCGCCACCUCUGUGAGGCCCCCCAGAGGUUUUGAGGACACGGCGUUGCUGGUGGCGGCUUCUGGUGCCUGUGACAAGGUGGCCCACGAGCAGAUGACGAAGACUGGCUUUUAAUCUUUGGAGACCAUCGAGAGGGAGCUCAUAGGGGCCCAAGAGUCCCCCCGGACGCCCGCCACCAUGUCGGGGUCCACACAGCCAGUGGCACAGACGUGGAGGGCCGCCGAGCCCCGCUACCCGCCCCACAGCAUCCCUUACCCCGUGCAGAUCGCCCGACCGCACACAGACGUCGGGCUGCUCGAGUACCAGCAUCACCCUCGUGACUACACCUCACACCUGUCGCCGGGCUCCAUCAUCCAGCCCCAGCGGAGGAGGCCCUCCCUGCUGUCCGAAUUUCAGCCUGGGAAUGAAAGGUCCCAGGAGCUUCACCUGCGACCCGAGCCCCACUCGUACCUGCCCGAGCUGGGCAAGUCGGAGAUGGAGUUCCUUGAGAGCAAGCGCCCUCGCCUGGAGCUGCUGCCCGACCCCCUGCUGCGGCCCUCGCCCCUGCUGGCCGCUGGCCAGCCCGGAGGCUCCGAGGACCUGUCCAAGGACCGCAGCCUGACAGGCAAGCUGGAGCCGGUGUCUCCUCCCAGCCCCCCCCACGCUGACCCUGAACUGGAGCUGGUACCUCCCCGGCUGUCCAAGGAGGAGCUGAUCCAGAACAUGGACCGGGUGGACCGCGAGAUCACCAUGGUGGAGCAGCAGAUCUCCAAGCUGAAGAAGAAGCAGCAACAGCUGGAGGAGGAGGCCGCCAAGCCGCCCGAGCCGGAGAAGCCCGUGUCGCCACCGCCCAUCGAGUCGAAGCAUCGCAGCCUGGUGCAGAUCAUCUACGACGAGAACCGGAAGAAGGCUGAGGCUGCACAUCGGAUUCUGGAAGGCCUGGGGCCCCAGGUGGAGCUGCCACUGUACAACCAGCCCUCCGACACUCGGCAGUAUCAUGAGAACAUCAAAAUAAACCAGGCGAUGCGGAAAAAGUUAAUCUUGUAUUUCAAGAGGAGGAAUCACGCCCGGAAACAAUGGGAGCAGAAGUUCUGCCAGCGCUAUGACCAGCUCAUGGAGGCCUGGGAGAAGAAGGUGGAGCGCAUCGAGAACAACCCCCGGCGGCGGGCCAAGGAAAGCAAGGUGCGCGAGUACUACGAGAAGCAGUUCCCCGAGAUCCGCAAGCAGCGGGAGCUGCAGGAGCGCAUGCAGAGCAGGGUGGGCCAGCGGGGCAGUGGGCUCUCCAUGUCGGCUGCCCGCAGCGAACACGAGGUGUCUGAGAUCAUUGACGGCCUCUCGGAGCAGGAGAACCUGGAGAAGCAGAUGCGCCAGCUGGCCGUGAUCCCGCCCAUGCUGUACGACGCCGACCAGCAGCGCAUCAAGUUCAUCAACAUGAACGGGCUGAUGGACGACCCCAUGAAGGUGUACAAAGAUCGGCAGGUCAUGAACAUGUGGAGCGAGCAGGAAAAGGAGACCUUCCGGGAGAAGUUCAUGCAGCACCCCAAGAACUUCGGCCUGAUUGCAUCGUUCCUGGAGAGGAAGACUGUGGCUGAGUGUGUCCUCUAUUACUACUUGACCAAGAAGAAUGAGAACUACAAGAGCCUGGUGAGGCGGAGCUACCGGCGCCGUGGGAAGAGCCAGCAGCAGCAGCAGCAGAUGCCCCGCAGCACCCAGGAGGAGAAGGAGGAGAAGGAGAAGGAGAAGGAGGCGGAGAAGGAGGAGGAGAAGCCGGACGUGGAGAAUGACAAGGAGGAGCUGAUCAAGGAGAAGACAGAUGACACCUCUGGGGAAGACAAUGACGAGAAGGAGGCAGUGGCCUCCAAAGGCCGCAAAACCGCCAACAGCCAGGGGAGACGCAAAGGCCGCAUCACUCGCUCCAUGGCCAACGAGGCCAACUGCGAGGAGGCUGUCACCCCGCAGCAGAGUGCUGAGCUGGCUUCCAUGGAGAUGAACGAGAGUUCUCGCUGGACCGAAGAAGAGAUGGAAACAGCCAAGAAAGGUCUCCUGGAACACGGCCGGAACUGGUCGGCCAUCGCCCGGAUGGUGGGCUCCAAGACGGUGUCCCAGUGUAAGAACUUCUACUUCAACUACAAGAAGAGGCAGAACCUGGAUGAGAUCCUGCAGCAGCACAAGCUGAAGAUGGAGAAGGAGAGGAAUGCACGGAGGAAGAAGAAGAAAGCCCCGGCCGCUGCCAGCGAGGAGGCCGCCUUCCCGCCCGUGGUGGAGGAUGAGGAGAUGGAGGCGUCGGGCGUGAGCGGGAACGAGGAGGAGAUGGCGGAGGAGGCAGAAGCCUUACACGCCUCUGGGAACGAGGUACCCAGAGGGGAAUGCAGUGGCCCAGCCACCGUCAACAACAGCUCCGACACCGAAAGCAUCCCGUCGCCCCGCACUGAGGCCGCCAAAGACACGGGACAGAAUGGGCCCAAGCCCCCGCCCAACCCGGGAGCUGGUGGGCCGCCUCCUGAGCCUCCCAGCCCUCCGCCCGAGGAGGCCCCUGCCCCCACCGAGCCCGCCCCGGCCCCCGAAGCCGCUGGCCCACCCACGCCCCCAGCGGCACCCGCAUCGCCCGCCGCACCCCCUCCUGUGGUCCCCAAGGAGGAGAAGGAGGAAGAGCCCGCCGCCCCCUCGGCCGAGGAGGGUGAGGAGCAGAAGCCCCCUGCGGCCCAGGAGCUGUCCGCAGAGGUGGGCGCGGGCAAGACGGAGGAGCCGGGCGAGGCGCCCCCCGGGGAGCCUGUCAAGAGCGAGUGCAAGGAGGAGGCGGCUGAGGAGGGGCCGGACAGAGUCAAGGGGGCCGCAGAGGCCGGCACCGAGGCUGCGCCUGAGGGGGCGCUCAAGGCGGAGAAGAAGGAGGGCAGCGGCCCCGGGGGCAAAGGCGCCGCAGCCAAGGGCCCUGGCGCCCCCCAGGACAGUGACUCCAGUGCCACCUGCAGCGCCGAUGAGGUGGACGAGCCUGAGGGCGGCGACAAGAACAGGCUGCUGUCGCCACGGCCCAGCCUCCUCACCCCCACCAGCGACGCCAGGACCAAUGCCUCGCCCCAGAAGCCACUGGACUUGAAGCAGCUGAAGCAGCGGGCAGCUGCCAUCCCCCCGAUUCAGGUCACCAAAGUCCACGAGCCCCCCCGGGAGGACACGGCGCCCCCGAAGCCAGCCCCCCCCGCCCCACCGCCACCGCAGCACCUGCAGCCGGAGAGCAGCACCUCCCAGCAGCCCACCAACAGCCCUCGAGGCAAGAGUAGGAGUCCUGUGCCUCCUGCCGAGAAGGAGGCAGAGAAGCCCGUAUUCUUCCCAGCCUUUGCGGCUGAGGGCCAGAAGCUGCCCACGGAUCCCUCGUGCUGGACAUCUGGCCUGCCCUUCCCCGUGCCCCCUCGCGAGGUGAUCAAGGCUUCCCCGCACGCCCCUGACCCCUUGGCCUUCUCCUACACCCCGCCCGGUCACCCGCUGCCCCUGGGCCUCCAUGACGGCGCCCGGCCUGUGCUGCCACGCCCACCCACCAUCUCCAACCCGCCACCCCUCAUCUCCUCUGCCAAGCACCCCAGUGUCCUCGAGAGGCAAAUGGGUGCCAUCUCCCAGGGAAUGUCGGUGCAGCUCCACGUCCCGUACUCAGAGCACGCCAAGGCCCCCGUGGGCCCCAUCACCAUGGGGCUUCCCCUCACCAUGGACCCCAAGAAACUGGCGCCCUUCAGUGGAGUGAAGCAGGAGCAGCUGUCCCCACGGGGCCAGGCUGGGCCACCGGAGAGCCUGGGGGUACCCACGGCCCAGGAGACGUCCGUGCUGAGAGGAACGUCUCUGGGCUCGGUUCCAGGAGGAAGCAUCACCAAGGGCAUCCCCAGCACGCGGGUACCUUCCGAGAGCCCCAUCACGUACCGCGGCUCCAUCACCCAUGGCACCCCAGCGGACGUCCUGUACAAGGGCACCAUCACCAGGAUCAUCGGCGAGGACAGCCCGAGCCGCCUGGACCGCAGCCGGGAGGACGGCCUGCCCAAGGGCCACGUCAUCUACGAGGGCAAGAAGGGCCACGUGCUGUCCUACGAGGGUGGCAUGUCUGUGUCCCAGUGCUCCAAGGAGGAUGGCAGGAGCAGCUCAGGACCUCCCCAUGAGGCGGCUGCCCCCAAGCGCACCUACGACAUGAUGGAGGGCCGUGUCAGCAGGGCCAUCUCCUCAGCCAGCAUCGAAGGUCUCAUGGGUCGUGCCAUCCCUCCUGAGCGACACAGCCCCCACCACCUCAAAGAGCAGCACCAUAUCCGAGGCUCCAUCACGCAAGGGAUCCCGCGGUCCUAUGUGGAGGCCCAGGAAGACUACCAGCGUCGGGAGGCCAAGCUCCUGAAGCGUGAGGGCACACCGCCGCCGCCGCCCCCGCCCCCACGGGACCUGGCCGAGGCCUACAAGGCCCGGCCCUUGGAGGCCCUGGGCCCCCUGAAGCUGAAGCCGGCCCAUGAGGGCCUAGUGGCGACAGUGAAGGAGGCCGGCCGCUCCAUCCAUGAGAUUCCACGGGAGGAGCUGCGGCGCACGCCCGAGCUGCCCCUGGCCCCGCGGCCGCUCAAGGAGGGGUCCAUCACGCAGGGCACCCCCCUCAAAUACGACACCGGCUCGUCCUCCGCUGGCUCCAAAAAGCAUGACGUGCGCUCCAUCAUCGGCAGCCCUGGCCGGACUUUCCCGCCGGUGCACCCGCUGGACGUGAUGGCGGACACCCGGGCGCUGGAGCGCGCCUGCUACGAAGAGAGCCUGAAGGGCCGGCCGGGCGCCGUCAGCAGCUCGGGGGGCUCUAUCACCCGCGGGGCCCCGGUCAUCGUGCCAGAGCUGGGCAAGCCGCGGCAGAGCCCCCUGACCUACGAGGACCACGCGGCGCCCUUCGCAGGCCACCUGCCCCGCGGCUCUCCUGUGACCACACGGGAGCCCACCCCGCGCCUGCAGGAGGGCAGCCUCUCAUCCAGCAAGACAUCCCAGGAUCGAAAGCUGACGUCAACGCCCCGUGAGAUUGCCAAGUCCCCGCACAGCGCCGUGCCUGAGCACCACCCCCACCCCAUCUCGCCCUACGAGCACCUGCUCCGGGGCGUGAGCGGUGUGGACCUGUACCGCAGCCACAUCCCACUGGCCUUCGACCCCACCUCCAUACCCCGCGGAAUCCCUCUGGAUGCAGCCGCUGCCUACUACCUGCCCCGGCACCUGGCUCCCAGCCCCACCUACCCACACCUGUACCCGCCCUACCUCGUCCGCGGCUACCCGGACACGGCGGCGCUGGAGAACCGGCAGACAAUCAUCAAUGACUACAUCACCUCGCAGCAGAUGCACCACAACGCGGCCGCCGCCGCGGCCCAGCGCGCCGACGCGCUGCGCGGCCUGUCCCCCCGCGAGUCCGCGCUGGCACUCAGCUACGCCGCCGGCCCGCGAGGCAUCAUCGACCUGUCCCAAGUGCCACACCUGCCUGUGCUGGUGCCCCCAACACCAGGCACGCCAGCCACCGCCAUGGACCGCCUCGCCUACCUCCCCACCGCACCCCAGCACUUCAGCAGCCGGCUCAGCAGCUCCCCGCUCUCCCCAGGAGGCCCCACUCACUUGACAAAACCCACGGCCACAUCCUCGUCCGAGAGGGAACGGGAGCGCGACCGGGAGCGGGAGCGGGAGAAGUCCAUCCUCACGUCCACCACCACAGUGGAGCACGCGCCCAUCUGGAGACCUGGAACGGAGCAGAGCAGCGGCAGCGGAGGUGGCGGUGGGGGAGGGGGCGGCAGCAGCAGCCGCCCCGCCUCCCAUUCCCACUCCCACCAGCACUCGCCCAUCUCUCCCCGGACCCAGGACGCCAUCCAGCAGAGGCCCAGUGUGCUGCACAACACGGGCAUGAAGGGCAUCAUCACCUCCGUGGAGCCCAGCACGCCCACGGUCCUGAGGUGGGCCAGGUCCACCUCCACCUCCUCGCCUGUCCGCCCGGCCGCCACAUUCCCUCCCACCACCCACUGCCCGCUGGGCGGCACCCUGGACGGGGUCUACCCCACCCUCAUGGAGCCUGUCUUGCUGCCUAAGGAGGCCUCGCGGGUCGCCCGGCCCGAGCGGCCCCGAGUGGACACCGGCCACACCUUCCUCGCCAAGCCCCCAGCCCGCACAGGGCUGGAGCCCGCCUCCUCCCCCAGCAAGGGCUCCGAGCCCCGGCCCCUGGCACUCCCCGGCUCCAGCCACACGGCCAUCGCCCGCGCCCCAGCGAAGAGCCUCGCACCCCACCACGCCAGCCCGGACCAGCCGGCGCCGCCCGCCUCGGCCGCGGACCUGCACCGGGAAAAGACUCAAAGUAAACCCUUUUCCAUCCAGGAAUUGGAACUCCGUUCUCUGGGUAAGACCACCCUGACAGCGGCCACCUUCAUAGACGCGAUAAUCAUGCGUCAAAUUGCUCACGAUAAAGGGCCGCGAGAAGGAGGUUCGCUGGCCAACGACUCCCCUCGCGAUGGUUACCACGGCGGCAGCUACAGCCCCGACGGGGUAGAGCCCGUCAGCCCUGUGAGCUCACCCAGCCUGACCCACGACAAGGGGCUCCCCAAGCACCUGGAGGAGCUCGACAAGAGCCACCUGGAGGGGGACCUGCGGCACAAGCAGCCAGGUGGGGUCCUGCCCUGCGCCCCCACCCACCACAGCCCCGUGAAGCAGGGACAGCUGUCGCCCCAUGGCACAGGCCCAGGGAAGCUCGGCGGUGAGGCUGCACACCUCCCACACCUGCGGCCGCUGCCCGAGAGCCAGCCCUCGUCCAGCCCACUGCUCCAGACCACUCCCGGGGUCAAAGGUCACCAGCGGGUGGUCACCCUGGCUCAGCAUAUCAGUGAGGUCAUCACGCAGGACUACACGCGGCACCACCCCCAGCAGCUCAGCGCGCCCCUCCCCGCCCCCCUCUACUCCUUCCCCGGAGCCAGCUGCCCCGUCCUGGACCUCCGCCGCCCACCCAGCGACCUCUACCUCCCGCCCCCGGACCAUGGCGCCCCAGCCCGUGGCUCGCCCCACAGUGAAGGGGGCAAGAGGUCUCCAGAGCCAAGCAAGACGUCGGCCCUGGGCAGUGGUGAGGAUGGUAUCGAGCCCGUGUCCCCGCCUGAGGGCAUGGCAGAGCCCGGGCAUCCCCGGAGCGCCAUGUACCCGCUGCUGUACCGGGACGGGGAGCAGGCGGAGCCCAGCAGGAUGGGCUCCAAAUCUCCAGGCAAUACCAGCCAGCCGCCGGCCUUCUUUAGCAAGCUGACCGAGAGCAACUCGGCCAUGGUCAAAUCCAAGAAACAGGAGAUCAACAAGAAGCUGAACACCCACAACCGAAACGAGCCCGAAUACAAUAUCGGCCAGCCCGGGACAGAGAUCUUCAACAUGCCAGCCAUCACCGGAGCAGGCCUUAUGACCUGCAGAAGCCAGGCGGUGCAGGAGCAUGCCAGCACCAACAUGGGGCUGGAGGCCAUUAUUAGAAAGGCGCUCAUGGGUAAAUAUGAUCAGUGGGAGGAGCACCCGCUCAGCGCCAAUGCUUUUAACCCUCUGAAUGCCAGUGCCAGCCUGCCCGCUGCUAUGCCCAUAACCGCUGCUGACGGACGGAGUGAACACGCACUCACCUCGCCAGGUGGCGGCGGGAAGGCCAAAGUCUCUGGCAGACCCAGCAGUCGAAAAGCCAAGUCUCCGGCCCCAGGCCUGGCGUCUGGGGACCGGCCGCCCUCCGUCUCCUCGGUGCACUCGGAGGGUGACUGCAACCGCCGGACUCCGCUCACCAACCGUGUGUGGGAGGACCGGCCCUCCUCCGCAGGUUCCACGCCGUUUCCCUACAACCCGCUGAUCAUGCGGCUGCAGGCAGGGGUCAUGGCCUCCCCACCCCCACCUGGCCUCCCCGCGGGCAGCGGGCCCCUGGCCGGCCCCCACCACGCCUGGGACGAGGAGCCCAAGCCGCUGCUCUGCUCACAGUACGAGACGCUCUCCGACAGCGAGUGACGGUCAGCACGGGGUGGGGGCGGCGCCAGGGCCCAGUGAGCGACCAGAGCAGCCAGGCAAGGAGCCGGGCGGCUGCCGACUCCCCCAACCGAGGAAGGAGCCCCUGAAUCUGCCUGUGCGCCCGUCUGUCCGUCCGUCCAGAGCUGGCAUCCUUGCCUGUCUAAAGCCUUAACUACGACUCCCGCCCCGGCUGGCCCUGUGCAGUGACCUUACUCAGGGGAUGUUUACCUGGUGCUCGGGAGGGGAGGGGUCAGGGAGGGGGCGCGGCAGGUGUGUGGCGGCCACACGCACGCAGCCGGGGCGGCCAGGGACCCAAAGCAGGAUGACCACGCACCUCCCACGCCACUGCCUCCCCCCUUAACGCAUUUGGAACCAAAGUCUAAACUGAGCUAGCAGCCCCCCGCAUCCUCCCUCCGCCCCCAUCCCGCUUAGCACUCUGGACAGACGGACACAGGCCCUGUCCAGCCCCCGGCACUCUCGUCCCGGUCCCCAUGGGCUGCGCCAGUCAACGAGACCGCUGGAAACCAAGUCAGGCCAGACGGGCAGGCGAAAGGGCCAGGUGCGGCCUGGGGCGAGCGGAUGCUCUGAGGAACCGGACUGUUUUUUUCACACAUCGUUGCCACAGCGGUGGGAAGGAAAGGCAGGUGUAAAUGAUGUAUUGGUUUACAGGGUAUAUUUUUGAUACCUUCAAUGAAUUAAUUCAGAUGUUUUACGCAAGGAAGGACUUACCCAGUAUUAUUGCUGCUGUGCUUUCGAUCUCUGCUUACCGUUCAGGAGGCGUGUGCAGGCCGACAGUCAGUGACCCCAUCGUCCGCAGGAGCAGGGGGGCAGGGGCUGCCCGCUCGCAAGCCCCCCUGUGUCCUCCCUCCCUCCCUUCCUUGGGCAGAAUGAAUUUGAUGGGUAUUCUGUGACCGCCAUCUGCGCACGGCGGUGGCGUCCUGUCAUUUACACACGUUGUUCUCAUUAAAAAGCGACUUAUACUCGA